CUUUGUCUAUAAACAUGGACGACAAUUUUUAGCAAUGGUGUGGAAAGUAUUUUUGACGGCCACCAGAAGAACAUUAAUAAUUAUUUUGUUCAUAUAGAAUAUACGAAGAAAACGGUUGUUUAAAAUUUAUUUCUUGUGCUAUUAUUUGUCUUGAAAUGCCUUUCAAACACCAUUUCCUGUUUAGGUCGACUGAGAGCAUCUAGGGAUAAAAAUUGACUUUUCAUACUGAAUGACUAAAGUUUCGAAACAUUUUUUGGCUCCACUCCAAAGAAGCUAUCUGAGAGUAACGAUUUAUAAAUUUUCACAUUGAUGUCAAUGCACUUUACAUCCAAAAAUUUUUGUUUAAAUGGUUUUGUAAUACACAUCUUAAGUUAUCGGAGAAUGCCCGCAUUUAUUAAUUACACAUGUCUCGGGAAGAUUGUGAACAAAAGGAAGCUUUUUUACAUGAAAGAGAAACGGAACGCCCAAAAUCCAAAUUUCUACAGUUCUUGCUCGCGAAGGAUGAAAUCAUUACAACAAAAUUUGUUACAUUUUUGUUAAACUACGAACCGUUUAGAGCAAUAAAAGCUCACACUAAAGCCCUGGAAUUAUCAUGCGACGUUUGCUUCAGCAUAGCUAUCCGCGCAGCAGUCUCCUUACAUUCUUAUUCGGGAGCAAACAAGCCUCCCAUGUACGGCGACUAUGAAGCUCAAAGACAUUGGCAGGAAAUAACGUACAACUUUUCCCCAAAAGGAUGGUACAAAAAUUCAAGCAACAACAAUCUUGAAUAUUGGGGGCUUGAUUACCCGCCGUUAACAGCAUAUCAUAGUUACGUAAAUGCGUACAUCGCUUCGAAGAUAAACUCCAGUUUCGUCGACUUGAAGACUUCUCACGGGUUCGAAUCAGAAAGACAUAAAACCUUUAUGCGUUCAACAGUUUUAGCCGCUGAUACGUUAAUAUAUUUACCAGCGUGCAUUUUAGUGGCGUCAUUUAUAGACAAAGUGUUCAAACAGAACAUUUUCCUCCAAUUGUGCGUUUUGUUUGUUACAUACCCGGGCUUAAUAUUGAUAGAUAAUGGACACUUUCAAUAUAACAACAUAUCUCUCGGCUUACUACUGCUAGCUGUGUAUUUCAUAUUAACCGAUUCCAACAAUUUAGCGGCUUUAUCCUUCUCUUUGGCCUUAAAUUAUAAGCAAAUGGAAUUAUAUCAUGCCUUCCCGUUCUUUACAUACCUUUUGCGAAGUUGUUUAGUUGAAAACUGCUUCAGCAGAAAGUUGAUAAAAUUUUUGAAAAUUGCUUGUGUGGUAACGCUAACAUUCCUUGCCUUAUGGUUGCCUUGGUUGACUUCUUUGGACUCUUUAAUUUCUACUGCAAGUCGACUGUUCCCUUUAUCCCGAGGAGUUUUUGAAGACAAAGUAGCUAAUAUUUGGUGUUCACUUAAUGUUAUUUAUAAAUUUAAAAACAAAUUUGUCAACACGCAAAUGGCGUUAAUUUGUUUGGUAACAACAUUAUCUGCAGCUUUACCAACAAACUUGAACUUGUUUGCUUGUGGAAAAAAGGAAACGUUCCUUUAUACCUUACAAAACACUGCAACUGCGUUUUUCUUAUUUUCAUUCCAGGUACAUGAAAAGUCUAUUCUUUUAGUAGCUUUGCCAUCGAUAUGUCUCUAUGGAUUUAUGCCGUUUGCAGUUACUUGUUUUUUAAAAGUUUCCAUUCUAAGCAUUUUGCCGUUAAUUAUUAAAGAUGGACUUACCAUAGCGUACUUCUCUUUAGUAGUAGCAUACAAUGCAAUAUUGAACGCUUUCUUGGCUGAACAAGAAAGCGAAAGGCACAUGUCAAACAAUAGCUUACAGAGACUUAACAAAGUUUUGGACUUUCUAAUAUUAAUCGCAUCUCUAGCAGCUGUGUGGCUACCACCACCAUCACAUCUACCUCAUCUGUGGGCAGUAAUAAUUUCUGUGAUAUGCUGUGGAUUUUUUCUAAUUUUCUUUAUAAUGGGCCAUAUAAACCAAUUUAAUUAUUGGCCGAAUAUUGUUAAAAUCAUUCUAAAUAAAAAAGUAUGAUAUUAUUAAAAAAUU